CUAACUAGCGACUUUCAUAGCUUCUUCACUUGCAUUGCAGGAGCUUCUCACCUGGAGAUCCCCAACUAGAACUUACCUCCCUCUUUCUUCUCCUUCGAUUCCCUUUAAUUUAUAAACCCCUCUUGAUCCCCUUACUCUUCCCUUUCCACUGCUACUUCACUCGCUCUACACUCUCCCUUAAUCUCUUGUUUUCUUGAACAAAAUUAUGGGUUGUUCAAACGAUGAUUCUUUCUUGAAUAAAGUUUUCGAACCAAGAAAGCAAUUUCCUUUAGAGCACAGACCUCGAAUGCUCAAAGAUUUCCUCACUGAAGAUUCAUAUGCAUCCUCCUCUACCGGCUUCAAAUCAUUUCCAAGAAAGCCAAUCAACUCUUCUUCUUCUACGAUUACAACCCUCUGUGAUGAUCCUAAUAACAAAAGCUCGCUUAUUAGAACUGGACAUCGAUCAGAAACAGCCUCAUCACCGGCCAUCUCUCCAUUUCAGGCCAUGAUCAUCGCCGUCAAGAAAAUUCACUUUAUCACCGCUGUUAAAUCUCCAUCAAUUCUACCCAGAAGCCUUUUGAGGCGGCUGUCGUCUAAAAAGAGCACAUACAGAGGAAGUCAUGAAAACAAAAAAGGAGCUGAAACCAAAGUUACAGUCACCAUUAAAGAUAUUAUACGGUGGAAAUCAUUUCGAGAUAUAGUCGAAGAGAAAUCUCAGUCGUCAGAUUUGCCAUCAUCCUCACCACAUCACUACACCACUACAACAACAACAACAGUCUCUACCGCCAGUAGUCCAUGCAGCAGGAGCAGUAACGGGUCGAGCUGGUGCGACAGUGAUUUUACUGCGGAAUAUUUACCAUGCUGGCACGGUGAAUCUGAAAAAUUCUGCGAAAACGAGGAGGUUAAAGUGGGUAAAAAACAUUUACCACGUGUCGGCGAGAAGUUAAUGGAGGCGGCGACCAUAGACAAGAUAGAGGAGAGGCAACAGAAUAGCCCAGUUUCAGUGAUUAACAUUGAAUUUGAGGAAGAUGAUGAUGAUGAAGAAUCGAAGUCAUUUCAGAGGUCAAAACGAAAGCUUAUGCAAAAGAUCCGUCGGUAUGAGAGUCGGGGUAGACUUGACACUAUCAACCUUGAGAAUUGGAUGUCAAUGGAGGAAAGUACCAGCUCUGGAGAAGAUGAGGAAGAAGAAGAAACAGAAACGAAUGGUAGAAUCGAUGAAGAAGUAGAAGAAAAAGCAAGGCAAUUAUUGAAUCAUGUUAAAGAGACAAGUUCACUUGGAGAGUACCGCAAAGAGAAUGUGGAAAGGGUAGUGUUAGAUUUCUUUAGAGAUGAAUUAUGUAGAAAGAGAUAUGGAAAUGGGAGUAGAACUGAUGAGAUGUUGAGGAGAGUAAAAUGCUGGAUAGAUGGGGAACAGAGCACAUGGACUGGAUGGGAGAAAAAAGAGGCCUGUGUUAGAGAUAUGGAAACAGAGGGAAAAUGGAGCAAGUUUGAGGAGGAGCAACAAGAAUUGGUUUCGGCUAUUGAGAAUGGGAUGAUGGGUUUUUUGGUCGAUGAGCUACUGAUUGAUCUCAUCUCUUGAUCCCUAUUCAACUGGCUAUUAUUAGAAUGUCAAAUGGGCCGGCCCAUCUUCUAGAAACCAAAUUACAACUGUACUUGGGCUGGUUGAUCUAUUCUUAUGAAAGAAAAACAAACCACACAUGUUAGGGCAGCAAGCAAAGGUGUACACAUUACUAGUCUGGUAGUAGUGCAUCAAUGUAAUGAAACCAGACCAAUAGCCAUAGGCUAAUGAGGAGAGUUGAAGUGAUGAACUUGAUGUCACAUGUUGAUUUUCUAGACUUUGGAUGAGCCAGUAUGGGACACCCUGAAAGGCAUUAUUCAUGCCAUGCCCAUUUUCUUCUGUGGUCUGUAAUUAGAUUUUUGCCUGUGCUAAAAGUGUCUACAAAGAGAAAUAAACCGGUAAUUCUUAGGAAAAUAGUAAAUUUUGUGAAUUACCACAUUGAUAAA